CGAGAGAAUGUUAGCAGGUCUCCCGGGAGGAGAGGUGUUUUGCUCGUGGUGAAACGGAGAGAGGAUCGCCAUGCGGCUCCGCUCGGACGCUCGACGGCGAGGGGGUGAGAGGGUGAUGAGGGUGUGCAGUCGUGGCGCCAGAGACUCACCCCAGCGAGGUCACGGAGAAAGGAGCCGUGGCUGGAGACCGGGCGCGGGACACUGACUGAUGACAGUCGGCACGGCGGGCGAGAGAAGAUGACGGAGGAGACCCAUGGACUGACCUGUGGAUGGAGUCGUGUGCGCAACGGCAGGCCUGUGCUGGCAGUGGGAGGAGACUCUGACUGGGCUGGGGAUGCUUGGCCACGGUACGAGCCAGGGUGGCGGCCAGGACCACGCAGACGAUUGUGUGGCGCGCGUGCAGGGAAGCGAGCUGCUGAGCCUGCUCUGACGAGAGUCGACGGGAGCUGGCGAGAGGCAGGAGAACGGAGAACGGAGGACUGGCCGGAGGCUGGAAAAAGGAGGUGGGCACACACGGCGGCGGUAGAGGCGGGAGGGCUCCCAGCAGGCGGAGGCUGCCGCCGUCGCGCCUGGCAGCAGGCAGCUCAGAGACGGAAGUGCUUAGGGACUGAGGGACUGAGGGAGCGAGGGACUGAGACACGAAUCGCGACAAUAGCUAACGUUAGAGGGCACCUCCAGGCAGGCCGUCACGUAUUAGGUACUCGGUAGUCUGUCUGGGCGACGGGAAGGGCGGCGGGCGGCAGGCGGGCGGCGACCAGGCUC